AUGCCGCUAACACGCAUCGCCCGCAUGGUCUACGAAGAUGAAGACGACGACGAGUGGCUGGAUGAGUCGACCAGCAUCAUGUUUGCCAUGGCAGCUGAGGGAGAACGUAUCCGGAAGUCUCGCCAGCGUGGCAGGAGCAGCCUCACAAGAGCUGAUCUCCCGCGAAAUCCGCGUCAUGGGACAUCAUGGGAAUGCAUAUACGCUGCUGGCAACGACGCCGCGUUUAUCAUCACUACUGGAUUUGAUGUUGCGAGCUUCCACUCCCUGCUCAGACCGUUUACUGAGGUCUGGGACCGUGUGCCGAUUCCUCGGAGUGACGUUGAUAUUGAAGGAGUAAGUCGGCCCUCACGCCGCUCACUAUCGCCUACUGGAGCUCUCGCGCUGGUCCUACACUUCCUGAACUCUACGAUGGCUGAACUCUCUCUUCAGGAGAUAUUUGGUCUCACGCCAAGUGUUUGUAGCCGCUACGUGAACUUUGGACUGAGAAUUCUCCUCGAAACAUUGAAGAUAACGCCGGAAAGAAGGAUUGAAUGGCCCAAGAUCCCUGCAAAGUUUGCGUACUACGCUGAGCUUAUUGCAGCUCGCCAUCCAAGUCUUCACGGCGCAUUUUGUUCCAUCGAUGGAGUAAAGAUUCCAGUUGCUGAAUCAUUGGACGAAGACACUCAAAACUCCCAGUACAACGGAUGGACAUGUUCGCAUUACUGCUCGUCCGUUUUCGUGUUUGCACCAGAUGGAGCAAUUCUUUGUGCACUUUUGAAUGCCCCUGGAAGCUGGCAUGAUGCUGCUGUGGCACAAGACUUGUACGGCAAACUACUGAACAAGACUCCCGAGGGAUAUUUUGCUAUCGCUGACUCUUCGUUCCCGAGGUCUCGCCGAGGUCUCUCCAGUCGAAUUAAAACACCUCUAAAGAAGCGAUCUCGUCAGCCGCGCAUCCUACGAGAACAGGGGCUGCUUGAUGGAUUGGAAGUGCUGCUGGAUAUAAAUCGAGAGCUAGUAUCUGUUCGUCAAGCUGCUGAAUGGGGAAUGCGAUCUUUACAUGGUUCGUUUGCAAGGCUCAAAUUGCCUCUGCCUGCCGAUGAUGGCGAAUAUCGAGCCAUUGUUCUCGAAACCUGCGCUCGCCUUCACUAA